UGUACGAUACUGAUCAUGGAUGAAUUGUAUGUGGAUGAACGGAUCUUGAAGUCUGGACUUGGUGGUGGAGUAAUAACUGUUCAAACUGUGAAUGCCAUAAGACGUAGUUUGAAAUUGCAGUUUAUGCGUCAUAUUAUCCAUCAUGUCGGAGCAGUAGUGUGCAAUGAAAAGCAUUCCAGAACAAGCAACAUGGCAGCGCAAGUGCAAGUUCGUUUCAUUACAAAACAACGACAGUUUGCAGUUCCAGAUACUCCAUUUACAGUCCCAUCGAGUGUAAGCUGCAGUGAGCUUAAUUCGCUGAUUAACGAGCUUUUGAAAGGUGAUGACCCUGAGAAACAGUUUCGAGAGAUAGAUUUUGAUUUUCUGGUAUGUGGAGAAGCCUUGCGGGUUGUAUUGUCUGAUCAUCUACAAGAGCGCUCUGUAUCAAGUGAAGUUACAGUUGAUGUGGAUAACUGUUUGCUUUAUGAUGAUUGGGUAUCAGCAGUACAUCUCAAGGGUGGUUGGAUACUGUCUGGUUGCUAUGACAACACUUUGCAUCUGUGGUCAGCAGAAGGGAAACAUCGGUUGACCAUCCCAGGACACACUGGCCCGAUUAAAGCUGUAGCAUGGGUGACACAUGAUGAUACGUUGGCAACGUUUGUAAGUGUAUCACAUGAUCAGACAGCUAUGCUCUGGGAAUGGAAUGUGUCUACUAAUGCUGUGGAAUGUAUUCAUGUCUGUCGAGGGCAUGAGCGUGGUUUGGAGUGUGUAGGGAUCAGUCGUAGUGAAUCACGGAUGGCUACAGGAGGUUUUGACACAAAGCUCAAGAUUUGGUCAGCUGCCAUUCAUGAGGCAUCAGAUGAAGGAGGAGAAUCAGUUCCCAAGCGACUAAAAACAGAGCAUGGGAAAUCACAAGUUAGGACUCCGUUGAUGACUUUGAAGGGUCACAAAGAAGUUAUUUCUGCUGUGAAUUGGACAGAUUCUUCAGAAAUAUGCACAGCAUCAUGGGAUCACACAUUACGACUCUGGGAUACAGAAAUUGGUGGCAUUAAGAGUGAGAUUGUUGGUAACAAGUCAUUCUUUGAUGCAAGUUGGUCACCUCUUAAUGGAACGUUAAUUACAGCCUCUGCCGACAGACAUGUUCGGCUUUAUGAUCCACGUUCUAAUGAGGGUUCACUGGUGAAAAGCACAUUUACAUCUCAUACUCAGUGGGUACAAUGUGUUCGAUGGUCCACUACAGACGGACAUCUCUUCGUAUCAGGAUCUUAUGACCACCUUAUCAAACUCUGGGAUUCAAGAAGUCCAAAGGUUCCGCUGUUUGAUCUGAAGGGACACGAAGGAAAGGUUUUGUGCUGCGAUUGGUCAGAACCAGAACUCAUUGUUUCUGGAGGAUCCGAUAACACACUACGCAUAUUUCAUUCCAACCAGCGCAAGUAAUGAACCUGUCUUCGUACCUAGUAUGUAAAAUUACACAACCUCCAGUGAUGAUGCGGAUCAGCUUGAUUUCUGACUGAAAAAUCAAAUGUUCUCUUGAAAAAUGUUUCCUGUCUCAAGGACUCAUUUAACCAAAGUUUUAAUAAGUGUUUACAAACUUGUAUAUUGAAACAUAAAACCAGGUCAUUUAAUUCAGUACAAAGCAAUAAAACAGAAGGUACAUCAAACAGAUAAGAAUAAAGAUUUUAUGAAUAUUA